AUUCCAAGCAAACCAUGCCCUAGUCCCUCUGCAGCAUCCCUUAGGAAAGGAAUAUUAUUUCUGUAUUGCCACCCAGAGGCAGGAACAAAUUAUCCCCCCUCCCCAGCCACCCAAUUCCUUUUAAGGAUCUCUUUGCCUCAAGAGCAAAGAGGGGCCCCCAUCAAGAAGAGGAGCUCUCCUUUCAGUCUCUCCCUAUGGCUCUGUCUUUUUCCUGAGUGGCUCCAUCCUCCUGGGGGGAGGACAAAGUAUUUUAGCAGCAGGUCUGCAGCUGGAAAGCCUUGCCUGAACCCCCAAAAGCUGGCCCUCCUUGCUCCGGCCCCUGCUCCCUGGGAGGUUGGGAAUCAGCACCACGCUGCUGCUGGACAGCUCCCUGCGCGGGGCGUUUGAUUUCAGCACCCAGGCGCUGGACAGCUCCCCUUGCAGGGCUCAGGAAAGCCUUGCUUGCUGCCAUCGGCUGUCUGUUGGAGGAGUUUCCAGCCAAAGAGCUCUCUUGGGAGCCUGUUGAGGGCGAGCAAGAUGCCAAGCAGAUGAAGAAGAGCUGUGGGCAGCAUCGGUAUCAGCAGCAUCAGCAGCAGCCCCUUAUGCAAGGAGAGGAGAGGCAUGGGAAGCACAGCUUUUGAGAGAGGCGGCAUCUCUGCAAGCAGCAAGCAGAAGGCAUCCAGCCCUCCAGGACAAAAGAAACAAGGCAAGAAAAAGUCCAAGUCCCUUUGCUUGGCUUGCCUGGGAAUCCUCGAAAGAACACUGAAGAGAGAAGGAGAGAGGGAGAAGGAGGGACACGCUUCUCCUGAUGCCUAACAGGUGUCUCUACUUGGCAAGGCUAUCAGCUGGUGCUUUGAGAAGAAGGUGACAGCAGUUAUUUAAACUUCCCAGCACACACCUGGUAUGCUGUACUUAAACAGAUGCUUUGGUGCCUUUUAGCUGAAGCCAAUGGAUAUUGUGCAUUUAUUUCUCUUCAGUGGCUUACAAAUGUACAUCUCCUAACAGUGAUUGCUUCCACUGCAGCUCAGCCGAAGCUGAAACUUCAAGUGGGCCAUUGAACUCUUGUGGUAUGUCCUCCUGGUGACAGCUUGGACUCUUUCAUCCCUGGUUCAGCUGCCCAAAGCAAAUGAUAGAGUACUCAAGACCUUUGCCCUGACUAGGGUGUCCUGGUGGUUUGGAGGGGCUUUUGCUGUCUCCUUGGGGCAGUAGAAUGGCCUUCUCUGCCACCCUAUGGAUUCUAUUGGUCCACCCCAUUGUAUGUCAUGUCAGCAGUCAGAAUCCCAGCUACAAUGUGGCAACCAAGAAGGAGAUCAGCUUGGAAGGUGACCUGGUUAUUGGUGGCCUGUUUCCGGUUCAUGAGAAAGGCAGCCCUACAGAAGAGUGUGGCAAAAUCAAUGAACAUCGUGGCAUCCAACGUCUUGAGGCAAUGUUGUUCGCCCUGGAUGAGAUCAACAAGAACCAGCAUAUUCUUCCAGGCAUCACACUAGGGGCACAUAUUUUAGAUACCUGUUCCAAGGACACCUAUGCCUUAGAACAGUCACUAGAUUUCGUCCGUGCCUCCCUCACCAGAGUAGACGGCUCAGAGCACAUCUGCCCCGAUGGGUCCUAUGCCAUCCAUGAUGAUGUACCUCAAGCUAUCACAGGGGUUAUUGGAGGCUCGUACAGUGACGUCUCAAUCCAGGUGGCUAAUCUACUGCGGCUGUUCCAGAUCCCUCAGAUCAGCUAUGCUUCCACCAGUGCCAAACUCAGUGACAAAUCUCGGUACGAUUAUUUUGCUCGCACUGUCCCACCAGACUUCUACCAGGCUAAAGCUAUGUCUGAAAUCCUGAGGUUUUUCAACUGGACCUAUGUCUCCACAGUGGCCUCAGAAGGUGACUAUGGAGAAACAGGCAUUGAAGCUUUUGAGCUGCAAGCCCGGGCACGCAACAUUUGUAUCGCUACCUCUGAGAAAGUAGGACGAUCCAUGAACAAGAAGACUUUUGAUGCGGUGAUUAAGGCACUGAUGCAGAAGCCGAGUGCAAGAGUGGUCGUUCUGUUCACCCGAAGUGAAGAUGCUCGGGAGUUGUUGGCAGCUGCUCACAGGAUCAAUGUGUCUUUCACAUGGGUGGCAAGUGAUGGCUGGGGUGCCCUUGAGAGUGUAGUAGCUGGCAGUGAGCCAGUAGCUGAGGGGGCUAUCACUAUUGAAUUAGCAUCCUACCCAAUACAAGAAUUUGGGGUGUACUUCCGGAACCUUGACCCAUACAACAACAGCCGAAACCCAUGGUUCCGGGAAUUCUGGGAGCAAAAGUUCCGGUGCAGCUUCCACCACCAAAACUGUAGUCACUUUUCCUUGAAGACAGGAAAGUUUGAGCAAGAAUCAAAGAUUAUGUUUGUAGUCAAUGCAGUCUACGCAAUGGCUCAUGCCCUGCAUAACAUGUACCAAGCCUUGUGCCCGAAUGCCACCAAGCUUUGUGAUUCCAUGAAGCCAGUGAAUGGCAAGAAGUUCUACAAGGAGUUCAUGCUCAAUGUAACAUUUGAUGCUCCAUUUCGGCCAUCAUUAGACACUAAAAGUACAGUGCGAUUUGACCGUUGUGGAGAUGGAAUUGGUCGCUACAAUAUUUUCAACUACCACAGAAUCAAUGGGAGGUAUCAUUACCAGAAAGUGGGGUACUGGGCAGAGGGGCUGAUUCUAAACACAAGCCUCAUUCCAUGGGUGAAGACUUCGAUCCCUGUUUCCCAGUGCAGUGACCCUUGCAAGAAGAAUGAAAUGAAGAGCAUGCAACCAGGAGACAUGUGCUGUUGGAUAUGCAUUCCAUGCCAGCCCUAUGAGCAUCUGGUAGAUGAGUUCACUUGCCAGGACUGUGGUCUUGGCUACUGGCCCAAUGAGACAUUAAAUGGAUGCUAUGAGCUCCCCCAAGAGUACAUCCGCUGGAAGGAUGUCUGGGCUAUUGGACCAGUCACUAUUUCUUGCCUUGGUUUCAUCUCCACUUUGUUUGUUUUUGGAGUUUUUGUUAAGAAUAAUGACACUCCCAUUGUGAAGGCUUCUGGUCGUGAACUGUGCUACAUCCUGCUCACUGGGGUCUUGAUGUGCUACAGCAUGACAUUCAUCUUCAUUGCCAAGCCCUCCACUGUGGUUUGUACCUUGCGCCGCUUAGGACUGGGCACCUCCUUUGCUGUCUGCUACUCUGCUCUCUUGACCAAGACAAACCGUAUUGCUCGGAUCUUCAGUGGGGUAAAAGAAGGUGUGCAGCGCCCCCGGUUCAUAAGUCCCACCUCACAAGUGGUCAUCUGCCUGGCUCUUAUUUCUUGCCAGCUAAUUAUUGUGGUCAUCUGGCUCAUGGUUGAGACUCCUGGCACACGGAAGGAGACAGAGCCAGACAAAAGAUACAUUGUCACCCUCAAAUGCAACAAUCGAGACUCAAGUAUGCUUAUUUCACUCACCUACAACGUCCUCUUGAUCGUCCUAUGUACUGUCUAUGCCUUCAAGACCAGGAAAUGCCCUGAAAACUUCAAUGAGGCCAAGUUCAUUGGGUUCACCAUGUAUACCACAUGCAUCAUCUGGUUGGCCUUCCUGCCCAUCUUUUAUGUCACCUCCAGUGAUUACCGGGUCCAAACCACCACAAUGUGUAUCUCAGUUAGCCUCAGUGGCACCGUGGUCCUUGGUUGCCUCUUUACACCGAAGCUACAUAUCAUCCUCUUCCAGCCCCAGAAGAAUGUAGCCAGUCACCGUGUAUCCACCAAUCGGUUUAGUGUGACAGCUGCAGGCUCCAGCCACUCACAGGGGUCAUCUUCUCAGUAUGUCCCAACUGUGUGUAAUGGCCGUGAAGUGGUGGACUCCACAACCUCAUCCUUGUGAACACCUGUGUUCUCCAUCAGUGAUUGUGUUGCCUCUGUGCUCAUUCCCUAUGCCUUUUACUUUCCCACUGGGCCUUUUUCUUCCUUUAAGAAAAACUUUGUUUCCCAAACCUAUUUGUUGGAUAUGUUUUUCCCAUCAAAAGGAAAUAGGCACAUGAGAACUGAGACCAAACCUUUGUUCCCAACGUCCAGCACUAACAAACAGCUGUAGGAAAACAUGAGCACAGACAGGAACAUAUCAGUAAAGUGGCCCAUGAUGUACCUUUACAGUAUGGAUAAAGAAAUGAACAAAAUGGAUUUCCAAUCUGUUCUCCUGGACAACAUUACAAGGCUCUAUUUAAAAAGAAAGCUAUACAUGUAUUGGAAAAAAAAUCUAUACAUGUAUUAAUCUUUCUUUUUCUCUCCCAACACUUGAAAAAGAAUGGUGAAGCUUCGUUUACCGUUCCACAGCCCUUGAAACUUUUUCUCAAUACACAAUACAAUACUUCUGUUAUUAGAGGAAGGGAGAAGAUCAAUAGUCACAAACGAAGGAAUCUACGGUGCUAUCGACUGAUGAGAUGAGAUAGACUCUCCUCCUCUUUAAAAACCUGGCAGCAUAGAUACUUGCAGCGACUUAAAACAUAAAUAGUUGUACUCUUAUGUCUGCCUGUUGCUUUGCAAGCAUAGUCCCAACAAAGAUGCUACCUAAAACAAACCUGUGACAAUAUCUGAGAAGGCAAGCAGAUUCACACCUGUUUUUUAAUCCCAUCAAAUUAGAAAAGCUGGGUAAAGCAGAUGAAUGAAGGGGAAAAAAUACAUAAGAGGAAAAUACAUCAUUGGCUGCAAUCAUAACAAAAUGAGCACAGAAAGAGGGAUAAACCAUUCUCCUAUUACUUGCUGCAGUAGAAGAUUUUUGGCAAUUUAGAGCAGACACAAGGAAAGAACCAGUUAUAUGACCAGUAAGGAGAGGCCUGAAUGUGAAAUGAUGCAAAAAUUGACCGAACACCCUGAAAGUUGCUUCUGCACUGUCUACGAUAUAGAAAAAGGAUGGAAGAAGAAGAAGAAGGUAACAUGAACUGAGAGUUCAUUAUAGAAUAUGCAUGAGGCAAUUAUGAUUCAUUCACAUAAUGCAGCUAAAUGGAGGGAGAAAUAUACUGUUAGCAUAUACCUGUGAGAUGAGGUUUCCCCAUUGCCUAAUGGUUGAUUGGGAUUCACCUGUAGAAAGAAUGUGGGCCUUAUUGUAAAACUAGGAAGAAGAGUUUAUCUAUAAAUGUAUAUUUCAAACCACAGCUGUUUUAGCCAAGCUGGAUAAUGGGACAGAAUGCCCCCAGCCCUCACUAGUUUGAAGGGAAUGAGGAGAAUGCCUUUUUGGAAAAGAGGAUGUGUCUGCUGCUUGCAUUUUACACUGACAUUUUAUAGGAAGUAAUAACAAUCAUCCUACUAACACUUGCAUUUUACUACAGCUGCUUGCCAUUGAAAAACCUGCUUAUUUGUCCCCUAAAAUGUAAGGUAAGCUUUUUGUUGUACCAGGUUCCUAAUGAGGAAAGUGCAUGCUAGAUGUCAAAGAGCUCUUGGUAUAUAAAUGAAGAGGCAGGGAACUAUGGAGCAACUUCCGUGAAUAGUAUGGGUCAGGAACGACUCCAGCAGAGAGAUGCAUCCACUUCCGCAUAGACUCUUAUGUAUAUGUGCCCUAUUGUCAACUGGUGCCCUAUGGCUACUGUUUAAUACCCUUCAAAGCACUCUGUACUCUAUAAGAAGAAAGCUAAAACCAUGUGGCACUAUUCUUAGUGGAAAAAGCUGCUCUGCCUACCUGCACUUCUUCCAUUCCUGCCAAUCCCUUUAUGUAGGUGUACAAACAGUGGAACUAUAAUAACUAUUCAUGUAAGUGGCUGGGGAGAGGCACGGCAAAGCUCCCAACCGGUUGAUCACCAAAUGUUGCCAGACUAUAACAUCAAGAUUCCCUUAACACUGGCAAUGGUGGCUGGAGUCUCUGGGAACUGAAGUCCAACACCAUCUGCGAUUCUGGGUUGGGAACCACUGAUCCAUACCUUUCUGCACUCUGUCUAGGAUGCUGUUACAAUCUUACUCCUCAUAGUAUCUAUGAAGACUUGCUAAAACUGUGAGCAGGACUGGACACCUGUGGCUUUGCAGCUGUGGUUGGACUUGCUCCAUCAGUACUAACCAGUAUAACCAGUGGAGAAGAAACGUGAGAGUUGCAAUCUAGCAGCAAUUGGUAGUCCACAGGCAGUCCAGUCCUGCCCUAUAGUUUUUGACUGUGACACACAAGAUGUCAAGGGCAGGUCUCUGAGCAAAUAAGCCCUUCCUUUAUGUAAAGGGGGAUUCAAAGACAUAGCAAGGUUGGUCUGCUACAGCAUAUAAAGACAUAAAAGAUUCCUCUAGCAUUUUUGCAACUGAGAAAAAGAAAUGUCACUGUUCCCCACCCCUAUCUCUUAGGCUGACAGAUUGAGGGUUCUUGCCACUUUUCAGCUAAUUCUGAAUUCUGUCGGCAUCCUUUAACAAGCUUGAUAAUAAUCAACAUAUGUUAAGAAUAUUAUCCAUCUAAAUCAUUUAACAUAGUUUUUUCCUUGUAUAAAUCUCAUCAUGAUAAAGUCUCUACAAUUUCAUAGUGCUCCAUAGUGCAUUAUAUAGACAUUAUAUAGACAUUUCCUGAAGGUUUUUACUUGUGCAGAAUUCUAUCCCUUAUGUUGUUUUCAUAAUCCUUUUAAACAUCUAAUUUAGCCAGUAUCCACUUAGGUAUACAGUCGCCCCUCCUAACAUGUGGAUCUGAGAUCCGCGACCUCGAUUAUGCGCAGAGGGGCGACUUCUGUCAUUUCUAAUGGCACAUGUGCCUGAGCCACACACAUGGGGACACACCCUAUUCAUGCAUGAGCCUCUGUUUUCAGGUGGUGGUGGUAGUGGUGGUGGUCUGGAACAGAUCCUCCACGCAAAUGGAGGGCCAACUGCACAUUCUCAUCUGUCCAAGGAAUUUCACAAUUCAAGGGUCAAUCACAGCAUUCAUUACUACAUAAGUAUACUUAAUAUAACCUUACCACUUCCAGCAUGCAAUGGCAUAUCAGGGCAGCAUGUUGGAGUUAUCAGCAAUUUCACUGUUAUCAACAGUGUCUUCUACACUGGUGGCAAGCUGAAAGCAUCCUGAUAAUAAUUCUAUCUACACUUCUUUUUAUCUUCUUCCUAUGCCCACUCAUCUUGUCAGUUGAACCAUCAAAAUAAACCAUACCAGAGGGGUCCACUGCCAGUGCUCAUCUGCCUGAGGUUCACUAGAAGUUGUAACUAUUCUACUUGCCCUGGGCAGUGCACCUCCAAGGAGGAUUAGGCUGGUGUCUGUUUACCUCUCUUGGGUACAAUCAUGGAGGCAUUUCUUACCUUCUUGAUAUUCAAGAGCAUCUGGCGUUCUUCCCAGACUUGACCUGCACUGUAGCCAGUUUUACACUACUACAAAACUCACAGAACUUACUGCCUGUAGUAAUCAGCAUGCCAAAAGAUCUUGUAGUACCUUUGAGACUGAAAGAGAGAAAUUGGUAGCAUGAGCUUUCAUAGACUGGAGCCUGC